AUGGUAGAUACAGUAGAUAUGUCAACACAAUCGCCAUUACCAUCGAGUUUCACACAGAUUCAGAAGUUCACUGACAUUCAUCUGAGAAGUCCUCUGUACCUUCAUCCAUCAGAUACGCCAGGUAGCAUUCUAAUUUCACAAAAAUUAACUGGCAUAGAGAAUUAUACAGGUUGGAGUAAUUCCAUGAGAGUAGCAUUGCUAGCUAAAAACAAAAUUGCUUGUGUUAAUGGAUCAUGUAGAAAAGAACAAUAUCUAGGGGAUUUAGAACAUGAGUGGGAGAGGUGUAAUGCAUUCGUCUUGUCAUGGAUCACUAAUUCUGUUUCGAAUGAACUAGCAAAUGGCCCCAUGUUCUCAUCUAGUGCUCAUAUUGUAUGGAAGGAUCUAAAGGAGCAUUUUGAUAAAAGAAACCUUAUUAGGAUCUAUCAAUUGCAUCAAGAAAUAUGCAUUAUGAGUCAGGGCACUCUUACUGUUUCAGACUACUACUCUAAGCUUAGAAAUCUAUGGGAUGAACACAUUUCUUUAGUGCCACUACCAACUUGUGAAUGUGACAAGUAUAGAGAGUAUGCAGAUCAUAUGGAGAAGCAGAAGCUUAUACAGUUUUUGAUGGGACUGAACGAGACAUUUGCUCAAUCUCGUAGUCAUAUUUUGAUGACUGUUCCUAGUCCUAACUUGAAUCAAGCCUACAAUAUGAUAAUGCAAGAUGAAAGUCAAAGAGUACAAUCCAAUAUAAUAUUUGCUUCAGUUUUGCCAUUACAACAAUUGAAUGUUAAUGAACCCACUGCAUUAUCAUCUAUGCAGCAUAACAAGUCCAAGAAGCAUAAUGAUCUAUAUUGUGAACAUUGCCAUAUGAGGAAUCAUAGUACCAAGUAUUGCUACAAGUUGAUAGGAUAUCCAUCUGAUCAUAAAUAUGGCAAGAAGAACCUUAUAGAUAGAAAUGAGAGGAAGCCACAAUUUGGGGAUGAAAGACAAAGGUUUCAAAGUGAUAGUCAUGAAAGGGUUGGGGGUAAUAGAAGACAACAGACGCAUAAUGCACAGUGUGGUGAUUCUUCUGAGUAUGGGAACAAACAUCAGCAAAAUCACACUACAGAUCAUAUGGAUAAUAUAGAGUCUGGCAAUAGUUCUUCAGCAUCUAUGUUGGUGCCAUCAUUCACUCAUGACCAAUACAAUCAUAUUAUGAGGAUGUUGGGCACUAAUUCUACAUUACAAGGAGCCAUGGCUAAUAUGGCAGGAAUACCUCACAACAUUACUUCAUGCUUUACUUCAAGGUAUUUGUCUGCAGGUUUAAACACAGUUCCUUGGGUGGUUGACACUGGUGCUACCAAUCACAUGGACCUAUCCACUGACAAGGUGAAAGGGAUUGGUAGAGAAAAGGAAGGAUUAUACCUACUUUCAUCUACUCAACAACAUUCAUCUGUCAGUGUUCUUGUUAAAUCACAUUCUUGUGUAUCAUCUAUCCAAGUUGACCCCUCCAUCUGGCAUAUCAGACUUGGACAUGCACCAGUUGUUGUUCUUCAGAAGAUUCUUCUACUCACCUCCAACUUUCUGAAUAAAGAUUCUACAUUCUGUUCAAUUUGUCCCCUUGCUAGACAAACUAGAUUACCAUUCCUUAAUAGUACUAAGAAAUUACCAUCCAUACUCUUAUCAAACAAAUCACCCUAUGAGGUGUUUCAUGGUCAUCCUCAUAAGCUUGAUUACAUUAAAGUAUUUGGUUGCCUCUGCUAUGCAAUCAAGCCACUCUACACUGACAAAUUCUCUUCUAAGGCUAUACCAUCUAUUUUCAUGGGAUAUGCCACCACUCAAAAGAGGUACAGGCUAUACAAUAUUUCCUCAGACACUUUUUUCAUCAGCAGGGAUGUCACUUUCAGGGAACAUAUAUUCCCUUUCAAGCAUCCCAAGUCCACAUUUGUAACUCCUGAUUCUAUGUCCUCUUCACAUACAUUUCCUUCUACAUCAGCCUUUCCUCAGCCUCUAAAUGUACCUUUAGAGUCUCAUGAUCAUUCCUUUUCCAAUUCCUUUCCAUCUAGAUCUUCAUCAGUUUUCACUCUCAUUAUUCCUACCACACCUAUUCUUGCUCCAUCACCUCCUCCUGUCAGGAAAUCCUCUAGAGUCACAAAGCCUCCUCUUUGGCACAUUGAUUACAUUACACAAUCCAACCUUUCUGAUGCCACUCAUCCUAUUUCCAAUUGUCUUUCCUAUUUUGCCAUCUCACCAUCUUAUAGAGCAUACUUCACUGUUUUUUCUUCAUCCAUUCCUGAGCCUUUCUCUUACACCUAA